AUGAGCAAGUCAAAUCGGAAUCACCAGAUGAAUGAAAUCUGUGCUCGGCGAGUGGAACUUCUGCCCAAGGACUUGUGGCGGACGCCUGAGGCGGCGGCAGUAGGAUCGUGUAGGUUUUGGAGAAGAAAUGCAGUAUGGAAUGUCUGCCCUUGGAGCUUUAUCUUUAAAGCCUGGCUCUGGGCUGGCGCGCAGAAGGCCUGA